GUCAAUAACAAAAUCUGGGAGCGUGAUUCUCUACCAAUCGAUGAUAAGGUUAACAAAAUUAGUAGGUACUGACUCAUCGUCCCAAUAGCAUAGUCGAAUUUAGUUCGAAAAUGUUUACCAAGUUUAAAGACGAUACGACUUUUAUUCCAAAAUUGGAGGAGCUUUUAAAGCCGACUCUACAUGGAAAGAUUGUGAAACAAGAAGUGACACCAUUAACAAGCUUUGGUGAGAACUUUGGCAGUGAAAUACUCAAAGUGGAUGUCACAGUGGAAGAAAAUGGCAAACAACGACAAGUACAUGGAGUGGGCAAACUGAUACCAUCGUCGGAAGUACAAUUGGAGAUUUUCAACACCCAAGUGACUUUUAAGAAUGAAAUUGGAUUUUAUGCGGACAUCGUACCAGCAAUGCAGAAGUUUCAAAGAGAGCAUGGCGUUGCACCAACUGAAUAUUUUCCUGAAAUGUAUGGUGCCCGGAUAAGUUUGGAUCCUCAAAGUAAAGUGGUCGAUCUUAACGCCAUUUUAUUAUUGGAAAAUUUGAAAGUUAAAGGCUUCUUCACCGUUGAUAAAUACAAAGGAUUUGAUGUGGACUCCACUAAAACCGUUCUAAGAGCUCUGGCCAACUUCCAAGCCACCACUGUUGCCCUACGUAAGAAGAAGCCUGAUGUAUUUAGCUCAAAGGUCCAGCCUUAUUUGGCUGAAUGGACAGCUCCAGCGUUUCCCGAACCCCUGAACGUGGAACCAAUUUUAAAGGAAAAUCCAAAUACCGCAUAUUUGGCGAUAAAAGCACAAAACGCCAUAAGUAAAAAGAGAAUUAAGAAAAUUAGAGAGCCUUGGGCAUGUGUUACGCACAAUGAUCUCUGGGUGAACAAUGUGAUGGUCCGCGAAUCGAACGGAAUGAUUCAGGAUAUUAAAUUUGUCGAUUUUCAAGUUAUCGAUUACGCUUCUCCGGUGUGUGACCUCAUAUUUUUUUUAUUUUCCAGUGUUCCAAAUUCAGUUCUCCGCUAUCAUUUCGACAAACUAUUGCAGUAUUACUACAAGGAAUUCAUAAAUACGUUGAGUUUAUAUAAAGUGAACACUAAAGAAUUUUCCUUUGAAAGUUUUGAAGAAGAGUUGAGACUGGAAGGCUGUUAUCAAGUCAAUCACAGCAUUUUUAUGCUGUUCCCAAUACUUGGUUCGCCGGAACCCCCAAAACCCAUUGGUAAAGUGCCUCAAUGGGACCCUAACAAUGAAGCUGGUGCGAGUAAUGGAGAUGCAGAUAAAAAACCUGCACCUGGCGGAAUACCUCAAACAUUUAAUUUGCCUAUGAAGGAGAAGGUUUGGUAUAUAGUGGAGGAAGCAGCUAAGCAUAAUUGGAUAUAGACAUAUAUUAUGCAAUGAAAAUAGAGAAAGUUAAUGUGGAAGUGUA